CACUACGUAACAUACUGCGUUUGAUUUGUGGCAUGUUUUGUAAAAUAUUUACAUAACAAAUACGCUAUUUACAAGAUUUAUAUAAAAAAUAAGUAGCUGCUGUGUACUUUGGAGGUGCGUCCUACCGAAAUCAACGUCGUUUACGCGACCGAAAUUUGAAAAUCGUCCCCAAAAAGUGACGCCAUACUUCCAAAUUGGUAGCAUAACUGUCAAAGCGUUAACAUGGCUCACUGUCAAAUGAUAUAUUUACUUUAAGUAAACAAUAAUAUUUUAUUAACAAUUAACGGAAGGUCAUGGUUGCUACUUACCACCAAUAUGGAUAAAAGUGGAUGUAGAAAUUAAGCAGAAUGUAAGCCUUAUUACUAACAAUGCACCAAACACGAAGAGUACCAAUUGUGGAAUUAAAUAACUACUUAACAUGCAAGCUAUGCAGAGGUUACUUUAUUGAUGCGACGACAAUCAUCGAGUGUCUCCACACGUUUUGUCGCAGCUGUAUCGUUCAGUAUCUGGUGAAGAACAAGUAUUGUCCCGUUUGCGAUGUGCAGGUACACAAAACGAAGCCUUUACUUAACAUACGACCCGAUAAAACCCUGCAGGAUAUCGUCUACAAACUGGUACCACGUCUAUUUCAAAAUGAAAUGUGCAGGCGGCGCGAGUUUUACACGUCCCACCCGGACGCGCGACCCUCCGACCUGGAGCAGUGCGGCGAGGCGUCCUACCAGCACAUUCUCAGUCCGGACGAGACGAUCUGCCUCUCCUUAAAUUAUCACGACAGCAGCGGGCCUCCGAGGUAUCUACGAUGCCCGACGGCCGUGUCCGUGGUGCACCUGCAAAAGUUGUUAAGGUCUAAGUACGACCUUACCGAUCAUCACAGAGUAGAUAUUUUACACAAUCAAGAUUGCCUUAAUUCUCACCUUACUCUUAUCGAUAUAGCCUAUAUCUACCUGUGGAGGCGGGUAAGUAGCGGCCGUUUGUGUUCCGUGUCGCACAAGGCCACCUUAGACGCGAAAAGUAGGUUCCAAUGCAAUUAUAUGGAAAGUUAGCUUGAUCUCAAGAAUAUUGUAAGUUGUUCACGUACAGUAAGUCAAGUUGGGGGGAGUUCCACAAGGCUAUAUGAAAGGUUCAUUGCUGUUUGAAAAAUGUAUUCAAUUACAAUGCACUCGCAUUUGAGUAUUUAUUAAUAUUUCACCAGAAAUCCGGAAGUGUGAAAAUGUCA